CUGUCAUGUUUCCAACGGAAUGGCGGAAGACUCAAAACAAAUCAGUUCUUGAACUGACGUGUGAAAAAACGUAAUAUACAACUCCCAAACAUGGAAACUGAGAAAGAUGCACACAACACUUAUGGCAAGACAGGAAGGAUCCUACCAGACCUUGUACCUCGACACAUGAUGUUUGGUUCCCCUUGCUACCCGUCUCCACUGGAUAGGAUCAGGUCGGGACAAAACGAGAGAAGAACACAGUUUGGUCUGAAGUCACCUCUCAGUGAGUCGUUCGAAGGGAACCAGUCAUUUCCUAAGUGUGCCAAGGUCAAAACUGCCAUACCUGUCAAGAAGGUGCCUUUGGAUAACUUUAAAGUUGCAGAGCUGAAUGAUGUGAGUUUCUCCGGCCAGCUGCCGCGGUCAACUAGGAGCGGGGACUACAACACGCCGCCCCGACUACACUUGUCAUCUGGUGGAUCUAGUCAUGUCUCUUCUAGAAAUAGUAGCUUCAGUGCAUCAAGAGAUGGAAGCUUCAAUGCUUCGAAGACUGAGAAUUCCUACUCCAGCAGUCUUGGUGAAUAUGGGUCAUUCUAUUGGCGAAUGUGUGGCGAAACCACAGGGACGUACCCUUCCUCGGUGCGCAAUCCUAACAAGGCGAUAUGUACCAUCAACUCAAAGACAUCUGAGGUCCUGAUUGCCAAUGAGAUGGCAUGUGAGUUAUUCGGCUAUGAGGAGACAGACCUGAUUGGUACACCUCUGAGUGAUCUGGUCAGGCUGAAACGGCGGGACACAGCCACCAUACAAGAGUCGCACCUCGACCCCACAGGGGAGGUUGUGAACGUUAGUGGGAAAGUGGUUGAGGCAGUGGACAAGUCCGGUCUUGUACUACCAGUGUCCAUCUGGGUGAAGCGGCUUGAAGGGGCGUCAGAACCGCGAUGUCUGGUUGUCAUGGAGCCUGUUGAGCGUUCUGUUGCCACUGUGCACUUUGGCGCUGAGGGUAACAUUGUGUCCUGUGACGAUCAGCUAGCUUAUCUCCAUGGUUACCUAAAUGACGAGGAGUUGAAAGGGGCACAUAUAACAGAACUUAUUCCUGCCUUAAAGUUGCCUGGGACUGCUGAAAGACUGUCAAAGGAUGUGCGGAAGCAGAAAGCAACCGGCAAAACCAAAGAUGGAGCCAGUUUUCCACUUAGUAUUGUCAUAGAGGUUGCAGACGACAGUCUUCUGUGUGAAACAAACCCCACUCACCUUAGCAAAGCUGAGAGUCCAAAGCAAUGCAUUCUGGGAAGGAAAAGCCAGGCUGAAUCUAUUUUUAGUAAAAGUGUUAGAGCCAAUGACAGUGGUGCUUUAAAUAGCAGCAUGGGACAGUCCAUUGUGUACAGAGGGGUGGUAUGGGUGUUUGCAAACAUCAGCGGGAUGAUUACCUUUCUUCCGGAUGGAACCAUUCACAACAUAAAUGAAAACUUUUCCCUGAUGCUAUUUGGUUACAAGAGUUCUGACGUAAUCAAUAAGAAUGUGAGCAUGCUGAUCCCGGACUUCUACGAGAUUCUGGAGCUUGAUGACUCUAACAGUGAGGACAGUGGGGCCCAUGUGUCUGCCUGUAACAUAAAUGAGACUGACAGCCCCAGGGUAGGAGCCACCCCCAGCCCUGUAAGGGACACCAACAGCGUGGCCCCACCCCUACCAUACAAGUUUGAGGGACUUACAUCCCUAGAGGGAUUCCAUUUAGAGGAACCAGGUGUUACGUCAACACCGAAUAAGUCUUGGCCCUUGGCUAAUGCUAGUGUAAACAGGUUGUCUGUAGGCAGGGCUGACAAGUCAGAUGUUGGAAGCAAAAGGGACUUCCUUAUAACUGAACAUUUGGACAAAAGUGAAAAAGGAACAGCUGAUGGUGUGAAAAACAGUGGAGAUAUGGUGCAUGAAGAAGGUGAAAAGAUACAGGAGGAGGAGGAGGAUAAUGAUGAUGAUGAUGAUGAUGAUGAUGAUGAUGAUGAUGAUGAUGAUGAUGAUGAUGAUGAUGAUGAUGAUGAUGAUGAUAAAAAGGUUGAACAAGAUGGUGAAAAUGAACUUCAAAAGAAUGACAGGAAGAGUGUAAAUUCUGGUGAAGAGACAAUUGAAGAAAAGGUUUCAGAAAAUCAGCAAAAAUCAGUUGUAUGUACAUUCAAUAAAUCUACUGGUGACUUUGACAUUGUUACUGAAUACUCGAGUAAAGGAAGCAAGAAGUCCUUCGAUAAAACUGACAUCACAGGUUGUUCAACACCAAAAAUGCUUGACCUUAAAGCUAAACAAUCGAAAAAUGUCAUGCCAUCACCUUGUUUGUCAGAUAUUGAGGCGCCGAUAGGUGAAGGUGAUUCGAGGAUUCUUGAUGAGUCAGGAGAUGUGUGUGCUUUGGAAGUUGGGAAACUGACACUGGAAGAUGAACAAGCUAACAAAUUGAACACUACUGAUGACCUCUUGGCUGCUUCAGCUGGGUUUGAAAAACUGCUGGAUUUAAGUGAUAACAGCUUGCCUGAAGAUGUUGAGAAAGAUAAAGAGGGAAAUGACAAUGCUGAGGUUGAGAAUAAACCGGACAUUCCAAAGGAUAAGGAUUCUAAGAUUGAAGGGCAUGCGACUGAAAAAUGUGUAGCUACCAUCAAAAUUACUGAUGAGAAGGAAAAAGACACUAUUGAUAUGACAGAAGUUGAUAAAAAUGAGAUUAAGACAGUUUUUAAUACUCCUGAACGAAAUGGGCUGAGAAAUGGUCCUCUUCUUCAAGGUGUUCAACGAAAGGCAAGUCCAAAAAUGGGGCUUAGGGUUUCUUCCCCUCUUGCGCAGAAAAAUAAGGCGGACAUUGAUAACUUUGCUAACAUUGGGAACGAAAAUACGAAUAAACCUGAAACAGUUAUACCAUCAUCAGAUGAAGUUGUAAAGAUUGUCACUGAGAAGAAAACUGAGGUUGAUGGUGAUGCUGAUAUGUCAAAGAAUGGUAGUUCACUGGCAGGUGAUGCCUCUUUAAGCAAAAGCUCUGUUGAUGAAUUUGAAAAGUCCUCAAUCAGUGUAUUAGAAGAUGUGGAUGAGUCUUUGCUACAUAGAUCAAGUAUACAUCAGUUUUUGAGUUCAAGAUACAACAAGAGUAGGACUUUAGAAAAUAGUGGGUUAGAUUAUACCGAUUCUUUCAGACAGAGCAGGAGCAGGUUAGAUUACACUGAUUCUUUCAGGCAAAGUGUUUCUGAAAAGUCAGCAAAUCGUGAGCAGAUUAAAAGUAAACUAAAACCGGAUGUCAUGAACGAUGAAGAAAAAGAAAAUCAUCCGAUUAUAAAUGGAUACUUUAACAACAUUGAAAUUUUUGAGCCAGAACUUCCUGAAACUUUGUCACCACCGUUCACUGGGCGACGAUCAAAUAACCUUGACAUGAGUGGUUACAGUGAUGCAGUUUCACCAAGUUUGAAGAGCUUUGAACAACAUGAGAAGGGGGUGCGGUAUUUGACCAAAUCAAGGACCAGGUCGAAGCACUCAGACUACAGUUCUAAUGGAGCGGUUGUGUUUCCAGAAGGGAGUUUUCAAGGACAGUGUCAACACAGGGACAAGACUCUGCUUGGUAUAAUUUUCCAGAUCAAGCGUGUAGUAUUGGAGGAUGGUAGUGAUGUCUAUUGCAUGUGGGUGUCUCGGGAUCCUGAGGAGCCCGCAGAGUUUGGGCACUCGUUCGCCAAUCUGACCCUCGCGUCCUCACCCGGAAAUACCACACUGGAUAGGAGUGAGAAUUUCAGCCUUGGAGAGGCUCUAGUCGGCAAAGCACAUUCCGAGUCUAAGGACAUUCUUGAGGAUGAUGAUUCUUUUGAGGACCAAUCAUAUGCCAUGCAUGACCAAUCAGUCUGGUCACAUGAUCUUUCCCAUAGGUCACAUGACCAUUCCAGAAGGUCACAUGACCUAUCUGAGAGGUCACAAGACUGCACAAACAGGUCAAAUGACAUCUCUAGCCGGUCACAUGAUCACUCUAGGCGGUCACAUGACUUUGCGCACAGGUCACAUGAUCAAUCAGUCCGAUCACAUGACCACUCUAGAAGAUCACAUGACCAGUCAAUUCGACAGCAGGACCAGGAUUUGAUGGAAACAGAGGAGGAAAAGGCCAUAAAGCAUGGACCUUAUCCGAAUCAUUACUUCACCAUGCAAACCAUUGGGAAAGGAGCAUUUGGAUUCGUGAAAAUAGCCAGAAGGAGGCAGGAUGACAGACAGGUUGUGGUAAAGUUUAUACGGCGUGGGAAGGUGUUUUCUGACUGCUGGGUCCAGGACGGCAGGUAUGGCCGGGUACCGCUGGAAGUGAGCAUCCUCGCCAAGCUGGACCAUCCCAGCAUUGUGGCUGUGCUGGAUGUAUUUGAGAAUGACGACUACAUUCAGCUGGUAAUGGAAAAACAUGGCUCUGGGAUGGACCUGUUUGAAUUUAUCGACCGUAGCCCUAAUAUGGACGAGCCACUGGCGAGUUACAUGUUCAGACAGAUGGUGUCAGCAGUUUCGUACCUCCACAGCAAGAACAUCCUACACCGAGACAUCAAGGACGAGAACGUGAUUGUGAACGAACAGUUCCAAAUAAAGUUGAUAGACUUUGGAGCCGUGGCCUUCCUUGAGCCUGGGAAAUUGUUUUCUACUUUCUGCGGAACUCUGGAGUAUUGUAGUCCCGAAGUUCUCAUGGGGAAUAAAUACUACGGCCCGGAGCUUGAGGUGUGGUCUAUGGGGGUGACCCUGUACACACUGGUGUUUGGCGAGAAUCCGUUCUUUGAUGUGGAGGAAACUAUCAAGAGUACACUCAAGCCUCCUUUCCCAGUCUCCAGUGAGCUGAUGAUGUUACUGUGCUGGUUGCUACAUCCGGACCCAAAGCGUAGAGCCACGGUGCCUGCCCUCGAGAAGAACCGCUGGGUCACACAGAGAAUUGACAUGGCAAUGUACAGCUGGGAUGAGAUCCUGCCUAACUGUGAGUUUCAUGGCAACACAGCCUCAGACAAUCGCCCGGACUCCCCUACCCCCAUCAAACCAACUGGACGAGAGAACAAGGAGUCGCUGGACGACUUGAAGUGUAACCUGUUCAGUAAACUUAGCAUAAACUGAUCCGGGAGGAUUUAGUUAAGCUGGAGAGUACAAGUUAACAUAAGCUGAACAGAACAAGUUAACAUUAGCUGAACAAACAAAUCAACAUUAGCUGAAUAGAACAAGUCAACUUAAGCUGAUCAAAACAAGUUAACAUUAGCUGAACACACAAAUCAACAUUAGCUAAAUAGAACAAGUCAGCAUGAGCUGAACAGAACUAGCUAAAUAGAACAAGUCAGCAUGAGCUGAACAAGUUAACAUUAGCCGCCAAAAAGAAAAGUCAAGAUAAGCUGAUAGUUUGAAUUAACAUUAACUGAGCUAAAUCAACAAGUAAAUAUUAGCCAUUAGCUAAACAAAAGAGCUCAACCUUAGCUGAACAAAAGAAAAGAAAAAACAUGCCAUAAACAGACUGUAAAGUAACAUCAUUUGUUAAUCAGAGCACAUGAAUGUUAGCUGAACAGAAUGUGUCAACAUGAGUUGAGAAAAGCUGAAAAAAAAACCCUAUGUAUUAGCUGGAAAAGAAUAAAUUGUGCUGCCAUUUUUACCAAAAAAUGCCAUUUAUUAUAUUUCUUGCCAUGAUAUUUUACAUGCAACGUCUUAAAGACAAUUUAUAUUUUUUCUGUAAUUAGUAUUUUUAAUUUCACGAAAUGUUUUCUCAAACUAGUAUAGUCAUUUCAUGUUUGUUUACUCAAAAGAGAAGGUCGAUGCAACACCUUUUAAUGCUCAUUUGAAAGUCUUCCAUAGAUUUGAAAUAAAAUUUAAUCAAAUUCUAGCCUCAUUUAUUUUUAAAUGUUUAUGGAAAUGUAUGCAUUUUAUCGUUGCGUAUGCAUUUAUACAAUGUAUGAACUCGCUGUAGCUAUAUUUAUUAAUCACAUCAAUCGCAAAGGUAAUGGCCAUAUUCUAUGUUAAUUGUCAUCUCAUACAUACAAUUUCUUCCCAAGUAUUGUGGAAGUACAUGACUAUGACAUAGUUGUGCUGAAAUAAAUUUUUAGCAUAUAUUAAUUCAAAACCUACUCUUUCUUUCUGUUUUUUUAUCAUUUUGCUCUAUCCAAAGAUCAUGUAGGCAAUGGGGCACUGAAUUUUCGGUAUAUAAGUAAUGUAUUCUUCACAUGUAUUUAGGGCAAUUGGAAAAAAUCUGACCCAAGUGCACUUGCAGAAGACAGUAACGAGGAUUGCCUAGUAAAGGGUCUCACUGAAUUUAAAUGUCUGAUUUAUUUAAAGAAAUUAAUAUUCCAUGUAUGUGACCUUUAUUUAUCAUUCAUCAGAUGUUUGAUAAUGAUAAAUCUAGCUCAUAGCAUCAUCACUCUGGUGUAUGAGAAUGUGAUACCAAUGUUAAGAUUAAAUUUGGUCAAGAUAGGUUGUUUGUUGCUAUAUGUUUACUAUGCAUUAAGUGUUGUGAAAUACAUGUAUGUUUUAUAAGUGUGAUGUAUAGAGACAGUGUAUGUUUAACGAAAGUGCAAUACUGUAUUGUAUUAUUUGUGAAAAUAGUGUUUUUGUGUUAGUUUUUGCAUUUAGUUGAUGGGAAAGGCAAAUGCUUAUAUGUGUACCUUUGAAUUUGUAAAUAAUGAUAUGAACACUGCAAAAUGUAUGAGAAAAAACACCCUGUUUGUACCUGGAGAUCAGUGGUAUUCUUUUAACACCUUAAAGGGACCCUCUCAUGUAUUGUAAAAUGCACUUUUUGUAUGAUGAAAUCAAGUGUGGAAAAUCAAUAGGAGUGUUCUAUCUAAGAUACUGGCUGCUGGAACGCUUCAGCAAAUGUAGUAUACAAUUUUUGCUACUUUUUAUCUGUUAUGUAAAUAUGAUCACACCUAAAGUAUUGUUUUAGCCAAUAUUUUAGAUUUUAUAGUGCUUAUAAUUGCUUCUGUUCACAUAAAACUCAUUUCAUAACAGUUGCAAGUUGUCAAUUACUGAAAUAGUUAUGCAUUUAAAUCAUUGUUAUUGUAAGUGAGUAUUAGCAGAUAAGUUGAGAUAACUGUAACCAUUCAAUGAUAACCACAUGUUCAUAAACACAUAUUCGCUUUGAAAUCUUAAAUAAAACCUUCCCUAAAAGAUAAUACAUAACCUAGACCCAUUUGGUGUGUGGUGUUUUUAUAUCAGACUAGUGUACAUAAAGUACAAUUUGUACAUAGCAGUGAUGUGGUACCUACAUUUGCUAAAUUACCGCUAUUGCUUCAUUUUCUGUCUUUUAGCUUUCUGUUUUAAUGUAAAUACUACAAUGUACAUAUUUGUUUUUGAUAUUGUUUUACUUUUUUGCUUUUAGUACAAUAUAUAGUUGAUGGGGUUUUCUGUAGUUUAUUACUAGUAGUUUAUAAAGAUAUUUAUAAUGUAAAAAGGGUAUUAACCAUCAGGUCCAAAUUUCUCCAAAUAUCUUAAGCCUUACAAGUUCAAGUACCUUAUUUUGUUAAGACAAAUUACUUUUCUAGUUGAUUUUCCAAAUGUUCCCCCCCCCCCAAAAAAAAAAAAAAAAACCUAAAAAAUAACAGGAUAGGUAAAGAGGCAUAUUUUUUUUUGAGAACUUAGGUUCUGUACCAAGCCGACCUUUAGGUUCUGUACCAAGCCGACCUUUAGGUUCUGUACCAAGUCGACCUUUAUCAGGGUAUAUCACUAUUGUAGAUACUUUAAAGGCCUAGUUAAAGAAAUGUUUGGCAUGACAAUCCCUUGCUGUGCAUCGUCUGCUAAUUGCACUGAUUUCACAGUAGGGGCCAAUUUCCUGUUUAUUUGUUUAUUGGCUGAGGGCAAUUUAGGGUCCAUUUCUUUAAUAAAACCUUCAAAACUGCACAGCAGGAUAUUCAUAUCGGAGAUCUGAUAAGACAAUUAGAUAAUUAGAUUUAGAUCAAUACACAGAGUUUAUGAACAAUACUUAUGAACUACAGAAACAAGCAGUAGCAAAAGGUUUAAACAUAAACCCGGUUUAAUGGCACUUUUAAAUACACGUUUUUUCGGGGGGGGGGGGCACUUAUAGCAGGAUUAAACUAGGCCUUUAAGAUAUCAAUUUGAAAAAAAAUUAACAUGUUCACUCUAAAAAUGCACAUUUUUUAAGGAAAUUUCUAAAAAAAAAAAUUACAACGGCAAAACAAGUGUGGGGUCAGGAUGAAAAAAUAUGGUCGAUCGGGUCAGUGGAAUUGAUCAGAAACAAAUUACGCUUUAAGAUAAUUUAAUAAGUCUCAACUUUCCAAAAACUAGAAUACUAUAUGCCAUAACAAAAAUAGCGUGCUUAGAUCAGUCGCGUUAUAAUGGACUUCUAAAACAGGUUUAAUCUAAGCUCACUUUCUGUGUUUGGUAGUCAUGAUUUUCACAAUAAAUUAUUUUUCAUUUUGUUCAUUUAAGUUUAAAUAAGUAUUUUGGCUAAAUGAUCAACUAUUUUUCAUUGAGAAAAAUCAAGUACAAACAAGUAAUAUGACUGAAGGAAAUAAGGCUAUGCUUAAGAUUUUUCGAGAAACGGGUUUCAGGACAAUUAAGUUUUUUUUAGUCAUUUGUAUUUUGACACUUUCCACUAAAACACGUCUAUAUAUAGUUAUCUGCGUCAUCUUGCCGAUAAAGAUAUUUUAACAAUGAUUUUUACCGAACAUGAAAAUUUCGAUAUGUAAAACUUGACAAUGUUAAGCGCAGUUCGGCAGCAUUUUAUAGCUACCCGCUUUGUGCAUGCUGAUCGCUUGACUUACUCUAAAUGUUUCUCUCUAUAGCUUUAAAUUUACAUCUGUUAUAAAUAUCAGCACCAAUAUAGUAUAAUAUUUCUCUAUAACAAUUUUUAUACAAAAAUGCUGAUUGGUUUGUUAAACUUUCUGUCGUACACGCAAUAAUGAUAUAUUACAUUCUUAUCAGUUUGAUAAAAAAACCUGAAAGAAUACGUCAAAAUUGGUAUUGUUUAUCACAAGCGGCAGUAACGUUGACAGGACCCCGCAUAUGGCCACGCCCCCUCCACCCAAAAUAAUAAAUAAAAAAGUGUAUUUGUUUUUUUCAAGACCAAAAAUUAUUGGAACAUGAUCGUUCAUAAAAAAAAUCCUACGUAUCAACCGAUAUUUGUUUCCAAAUAUAUUCUAUUAUUACCCAGAGAUGUGGUAUCUGUGAAUAUUACUGCCGCCUGUGUUGUUUAUAGAUUGGUACUUUUAUUUUUGAAUAAUCUGCAACUGAUGCUUUUAUUCUUUUAUUUACAAGAUAAAGAAAUAUAUUAAACGAGUAAAGAUAUUGA